UUGAAAGAUCACAAUAAAUAAGCCCAGGCUGGGGAAACCUCAAGUUAAAAACCAUAGUGUUCACACAAAGAAGGAAAUGAAAACAGUCUUUCUGCAAAAUGGCAGAAAUGCAGAGCUUAUUUGAACAAGAUAUUCCUGCAGAUAGAAAACUUCUUUUGGAAAGCUUCUCAAACCUCCAAAAAGUGGCAGAAUACUGUGAGAAUAACUACAUACAGGCUCAAGACAAAACAAAAGCUUUAGAGGAGACCAAGGCCUAUGCUGCACAAUCUCUCGCGAGUGUAGCUAGUCAAAUCAACAGCUUGGCUGAAAAAGUAUUCAAGUUGUUGGAUCUACAGGCCUUAGAGCUCUCCAAAAUGGAGUCUUCUGUCAACUUCAUAUCUCAGAAAGUAGAGAUGCACAAAGAGAAAGUGGCUCGGCGAGAGAUUGGAACAUUUGCUGUUGCUAAAACCACAUCAAGGAUGACCAAAAUCAUUCCCCCAGCAAACCCUAUACAACGAGAAAAGUACACCAGGAAACCCAUUGUCUAUACACUCCUAGAUGAUACUGGACAUGGAGUAAAGGAAGUUAGCAAUCAUCCUGUGAGAAGUGGAACUUUGUCACGAAGGUAUGGACAGACAAGCAUGACGAGUUCCACAUCACAAGGAACUUUGGGAAGAAGUGCUAAGGGAGCAAGACCUGUUCAGCCUCCUGUGGUCCCAAGUGCCUACAGCAGUCCCGUGACCAAGUCCCCACCAACAGAGGGUUCUCAGAUGCAUAGCAGUAAUAUUAGUAGAAACAAGAAUAUCUGUGGAACUGAGAACAUGGCGAUGCCUCUGUCUGUACCUGUGUCGAUGCCUCCACCACCACCAGCACCAGCAGCUUCAGCAGCAUUUGAACUAGGUGAGAAUGAUCUCCCAGAUGUGCCACCACCUCCUCCAAUGGAACUGCCUCCACCUCUUGCUCCUCCUCCACAGAUUUUCAAUGAGGUCUGUCUGCCUCCUCCUCCCCCCUUACUGUCUGAUGCUCCUUCAGCUAGCUCUGCUUCAGGCUAUCAUAACCAUUUUAUGUGGCAGGGUCCUCAGCGUGACCACAGUGCUACACCUCCUGCAAGCCUCAGGUGGAGGCACUCUGCCAGCUCUCCUGCCUUCCUGCACCGACAUGUAAAUGAUGUGCCACUGUCCUCUCCGCUCGCAAUCGGCUCCCCAGCACCUAUCCUUCCAUCUUCAUUGCAGUUUAUUCCGCAGAUCCCCCUGACUGGCUUUGUUGCCCGCUUUCAGGAGAACAUCAAUGAUUGUCCUCCCCCACCACCUCCUCCUCCUGACUUUAUCGUUGAUCUUGAUGAAAUGACCCCACCACCACCACCUCCAAUUGAUUACUUAGAUGACCCUCAGUGGAUACCAGCUAAUUACAUUGAAAAAGUUGUUGCAUUGUAUGACUACAAAAAAAGCAGUGAUGGUGAUUUGACUUUUAAAGAAGGAGAAAUCAUCUACGUCACUGUCAAGAAUGAAAAUGGAUGGUAUGAAGGUGUUCUCAAUGGAGCCACAGGCUUCUUCCCUUCAAACUAUGUACAGCGCUUGGACUAAGACAACAGGAUACAGAAAGGACAUUGCACGUUUGUGGGCUUGCAAGCAAUGUGUAAAUUGGCCAUGGCACUAAGUGGUAAUGAUUAUUUAAAAGAUAGUUUUGUUUUAGCAAUAAACACCUCUGGAAGGGAUAUUAAUGUUCCUUCCAUUUCUGUGAGUGCUAUUGUUAUUCCUCAAACCUUGAAACUGACUGAAAAUAAAUCUAAAGAAAUGAAAAUAAAUACUUUACCCAGUAAAGCUUGGUGUCUGUUCCUCCAUCUAGCAUUUGAAGCAUACAAGGCAUUCCACCUCUCACUGGCAUAAAGCAAUUCUAAAUCCUACACCAACCAAUGAUAAUUAGAAUACUAGCCAGGCUAUCUAUUUACUUCCAUGGAUAAAGUUCCACAGAAACCUGUGAAAGACAACCAGGACCUGGAGAGGUGUAAUCUUCCCCGUUAGUUAUACAGAUGAAAUCCUACAAGGGCAGCUUUGACUUAGAGGAAGGCCAUCCUAGAGGGUGUUGGGUUGGUUUAUGGAACCCCCAGUCACUUUUUCCAGAUAUAGGGUGGAAAGCUAGGCAUGACCUUACUAUCCAGUACUGGUGGUUGUCCAAUUUGAGUGUCCAAAGUCUGUGACACUGUUGGCAUCAUCUUGGUUGGGGACAGGUCACCAGCUGAAGUCAGAGUCAGAGAGGUGCCUUGAGUAGGUUUACCAGUGGGUGACUUAUGAGAUGUAUUAGCACCUAGCAGGGCUGUGGGAAUUAGGAGGCUCCACUGUCGACAUGAUGCAAUGUAACAAAAUUGAAAUGUCUUCAGAUGGACCCUCAAGAUGCAGGACCUGUUGUGGUCCACCUCAGAAACAGCAACAGUGCCAGCAUCCACCUCUGCCAGUCAGGAUGCCAGCCUUCUAACAUUGCAGGACUAUUAGUUAGGUCUGUAGCCUCAUGAUCCUGCCUGACAUUCUUAACUAGACAUAGGAUAUGAGCUAGUUGAUCAGGAGGCAAUGUUCACAAGAUCGCAACAGAGGGUGCACUACCAGUAAGUAAUAGGACAGGAUCCAGAAAUGCUCUCAACUGUUGACUAUUAUUGAGAUUCCACCCCGAACUUCUGAACUCAGACCUGCAAACGAAAGAUACAAAAACCUUUGGUCAAAUCCAAAACUAAAAAUUCAGAAGUAAAAGUAUUGUAUUUUUAAAAAUUAAAAAUGAGCAAUAUGUAAGAAGAUGGCCUAAUUCACUAUGCUGUAGAAUCUUGUUCUUUUCUGACACCGAAUUAGUUUCAUAAAAAUCUGUGCCUUGGUAAUAUUAAUGAUAAGCCUAAUUUGAAAAGCUUUCCUGAAUUGCUCAACAUUUCCGAAAUCUAAAAUUCUGUGCAUGUAAUAGAACUCAAAAUCAAAUUUUUAUUUGUUUAAUGCCUUCCACAAACUCAGGAUAUCUGAACGUGCUUGACAGUGACUGAAGGAAUUUUUAAGUGUAUUCACCGUUGUAAAUGCAGAAAAUGCAGCAGGCAACUUGCUCAUAACAAUAUUUCCCAAAUAGCAAUACGCCAAUGACUGUAUACUGAAAUAAUUUUAGACGGGGCUAUAUCAUGAAUCAGUGUAGACUGUCAUCGUUAUUCUCCAAAUACAAAUUCUCCUAUACUGACACUAAUAAAGUGUAAAUAUUUUAACAAUAUACAGACUUACCAAACAAAAUAAAGUGUGAAUUCAUCUUUUUAAAAAUCAGCUAGUAGCAGGUGUAGACUUAGAACAACAAGACUGUUGGUAAACUAUGGCAUUAAUGCACCUCAACAAGUGAAACCUUUAAGUUGUGGUUUCUAUUUAAUAAACUAAAAUCCCCCUUAAUUCUGAUUAUGGUAAAUUAAUCAAUACAAAUAGGGCUAUGAAAUGACCUGUUUAUAAGUAGUUUGUUCUUCUUGAUUAGUGUUUGUGAAAGGAAGAGUAUGUACUUUAGCUUCAUAAAAUUGAAUUACUAAAUUACAUCAAAUCUCUCAUACAAAAUAACUUCAGUUUACCACUUUAUCUUUUAGUCUGCUAUGAAUAAAUUUAAAACUUCUUAAAAAUCAUAUCCUCGAAUAAAUCAUUAACAGCAUUGUAAAAUUGUUAUCACUUCAUUUGUCAAUGCUGGGUACAAUGUGAAUGACUGUGCUUGAAGCAGGGUUGAACCUAAUGCAAUGGUUCUUGCAGAGUCCAAGAGGCUGGUACUGGAGAGUUGAGUUAACGUUACAGUUGCAUGCUACAGACAUAAUGAUGUUCAUUUGAAAUUUUUGAUUACCACUCAAGUGCUGAAGAUGCAGUGUCUUUUGUUUCAUUUCAACUGGCAAUAUCAUCCCAUAAUGUGCUAUUUCCACAAGUCCCAUAUCCCACCCCCAUACUAACUGAGCUCUUGUACUUGAUGCUGAAACAAUUGGCUCCUCGUUAACAUAUACCAACAGAGAAAAGUUAAUGCUGUUGCCAAUGAGCAACUGCACCUAGUUAGUUGCCUGUUUUAAUACAUGUUUCCACUCACAAUGAAGAUGAUUAAGUAAUUAAUUUGUUCACUAAGCCUGAAGAUUGCACAGCUGUAAAUGAGUUGUUGUUCUUAAACCAGCCUAAACAACUAUGCUGCUAUUCAUUUUAAAAAUUACUCACAGGUAUUUAAGUAGUUGUCCUUUACUGAAUUUACUUUGCUGGAAAAUUACCCUUCUUUCAUUAGGGGUAGUGACUGUAGUUUCGAAUGUGAGUUUUCUUUGCUGUAUUUCUCUUUGUAAAUCAACUCUACAGACUAUAUUUGCUGUAGUAUGUUGUUUAAACAGUAGCUAUGUAAAUAAAUUUUGAAUCCUGCCACAAUUUCUGCCUCAUCUACAACUCAAUGAUGCAGUGAAGUCAAUAGACACACUAGUUUAUCAAUGCAAGCUGAGUACACUAUGGAGUUUCCCAUCCACCGAAUUCUCCUAUGCUAAAAUGUAAGAUUUUUUUUCUUUCCUUGUUCUAGUUUGAUUUUUACUGAUCUUCCCUCUCAUUUCCUGACUGUGCUCCAGGUGAAAGAUGUAAAUAAAGUUUAGUUUUUUUAAAAGUAUAGAAAUUAGUGUUGGCAUUGUUUUAGACUGCUGUGAGAGUUUCUAUAUAUUGACACAAAUGUUAACCUGUCUGCUUUAAAAUCAAUAAUACUAAUACAAUGGGAAAUAGAAUAUUGUUGACCAUUUUAAGAAUUUGGCCUACUGAUACAUGCCAUCAGUAAUUUCUAUGCUGCACUAUAUAAAACAAUGAUUUUUUUUAAUAUAUCUGAUUAACACACUGAGUACUGAAAGAAUUUUUGUACUAUUUGUAUAACACCUGCAAAAAUAAAUUUUUCUAUGCAUGAUGGUAGAAUUAAAUUAAUGGAAUAUUUUAUAAUUACAUUCUACUUCAUUUCUGUAAUAAUGCAGCAGUGCCCAUUAAAGGGAAAUGAAUUGUAACAUUUCUUGGGCAUGCCCCUUGUGAUCAGUCACUUGAUUUGAA